GCAGUCAGUGAUAAAUGAAAUGUCAAAAUGGGUCAAAAGUUAAAUGUAAUAAUAAAAACAGUGUAAAAAAAUACCACACAUCGUAGAAUAUUAUGUAUAAAAAUAAAAUGUAGUUUAGGUGUAAAGAAAUAAAUACAUCCUAGUGCAGAAAAUUGAUAUUAAAAAUGGGGUCCACUCUACCUCCCGAGUAUUUUACUCCUGCGCCCAAUAUAACAACAAAACAUUUAAAUCUGGAGGAUAUUAAAAUGGAUUCGAAUUUUGCUAUGCUGCUUUGCAGUUUGGUUUUUGCAGUUUCUUGGGUCAUUUAUAUUACUUAUUAUAACUCCAGGGUUAUGGGGUAUAUAAUUACAAAAGUAGUUAAUAAAUUAUUCAUUGGGGAAGGUUACUUUAAAAUAGGUUCUUUAACUCUAAAUGCCUUAUCUGGCAAAAUCAUGUUUAGAGAUUUAGUCUACAUUACCCACGACUACACAUUAAGAAUUCAAGAUGGUUAUCUAAUUUUUAGAUGGUGGAGAUCUUAUGUUCCCAAAGAUGUUAGUGAAGAUCUUUCCCAUUCAGAUACAAGACUUUCUGUGAUGCUGAAUGUUUUUGAACUACAUGUUUAUAAUCGUUCCGAUCUUUACUCAAGGCUAGAAAAAGUUUUUGGUUUAUCUCCUGGUAUGUUCCCCAAUAACGAUAAAUAUGACGUGGAAGCAGAAAGAAAUGAGAAUGAAGCCCAAGUUGUACCAAAAAAAGACAAGAAAAAACCGAAACCCGAAGCUGCAAUGGCAAAAACGUGGAGAGAUUUAAUACCUGUUAUAAAAUGUGACGUAUCUUCUAGUCGAGUUGUCUUUGGAAAUCGUCUAGUACCAACCACUUUAAGUAUAACAUUCGAGGAAUCACACUUUGUCUACUCCACCAAACCUGCGGUAUGUACCCUAGACAGAUUUAUGCACUUCGUCAAAUGCAAGGCUGAGAAUGUUAAAGUUAUGUUAGCUCCAAGCAUCAAAUAUACAGGAAUGCUCGAUGAUCCACCAAGAUAUAUGGGUGAAGGAUUUGUUUUGAUGUCCACCAAUGAUGUAGAAUUGUAUUUUUACAUGGAUGAGCCGGGUUUAGUGCCAGAGGAGCCUGUUUUAAUUACUCUAGCCAAUGGAGAAAUCGUAGAACCUAGCCCUCCUCAAUGGGGCGUAGAUAUUAAAUGUGGAAAAGGUACUGACUUCAGUUACGGACCAUGGGCAGAUCGGCAACGAGAACAUCUUUUUAAAUUUUUCUAUCCUCAAGAUUUUUUGCCCAUGGAAGUCACAGUGCCCCCAAAACCGGGCGAAAAAAGACAAAUGCAAUCAUUUGAUGUAAGAUUGUUAAUGCAGAAUGAGGCGACGAUUGAUAUUCUGUUCACCAAAGACAAAGAAACGAAUGCCGUACAUAUUAACGUUGGUGCUGGAAGCUACUUAGAGGUUACAAUUCCAUGGGUGACUACAGCAGAAGGAUAUACAACAGUGAUAAAAGGCCAACUUCUACAUCUUGAAUCAACAACUAGUCUACAAUUUCGUGAUUUCGUGGAAAGUGAAACGUUGGAAUUUUCAGUUUUAUGCCAUUAUCCAAUAGUGUGGAACGACCAUCAGUUGUGGGAAGUUAACCUUACAGGAUGCAAGGCCACUAUUAAUCUUAUUUUCUUUCACAAAUGGUUUUUCACAGAUUUAAUUAAUGAUUGGUCUUCAAAACAACGACCUGAUCUGCUGCAUUUUGUUCCGUAUACCUGGAGAUUCGGAUUAACAUUAAAACAUUGUGAACUAUUAACUCUAGUCAAUCAAUAUAAUUGGAUAGAUUGCAGUAGCGUCGGACAAAGAAGUAGAUUGGAAAACACUCAAUUUGCGCUAUGUGCUCAUUUUCUCCAUCUUUCUUUCGAUUUACCAUUUGACGAGUUUUUACCAGAAACUGUACCAGUUAAUCUUUCAAUUCAGGGAGAAAGUAUAGAUUUGAGUCUUUUCAUCCCGGAAUUCCAUACUAGUCGAAAUAUAGUAUUAGCUUUAGAAAAACACGCUAAAGUUUUAUCGAAAGAUGGAUCUACAACAAAAAAGACGGAGGCUAUACCAAAAUGGAGAAAUAUUUGCCAAAAAAGUUCUGGUUGGGUUGACUUCUGGUGGGUUCCUAUUGGAGCCAUUAAUAUCUUGUACACUUAUCAUCCCAGUCCACCGUUAGGACCUCAACCUCAAGCUAAUAUUUCUACACCCGUCAAAGAAGAAAUACUUUUAUCACCAAUACGAUUUCCACAUCAAAGGAAAAAUCGAAAACGGUCUCCUGAUGGAACCAAGCGAUUCGACCCAACGACCUUAGAAGCAGACACUGUGAGUGUAGAAUUAGAAAUUGGACCUUCUGUAUUGCUUGUAUACGGAACAGCAUUAAAGAAUUUUAUGAAUUUUAAGGAAAACAUUUUUGGAGAAUUCCAAAGCUUUACGGACAUGCAAAAAGUAGUAAAUCUAGAUAGUGGCUCGGAUAUAAAAUCUGAAGACACCAAUACAAACAUUCCAUUAGAACUUAGAGAUGACUUUGAUCACCGAUAUUAUCGACCUUUGGCCGUAGAUGUAUCAAUUAUAAUGCACGAUAUUCAAGCUCAUCUUCUUAAAAGUUGCACUGAAAAAGAUCCACCAUGUCCAGUUAUUCUAUGUGAGAGAUUCGGAUUUGAAAUGAAGAAGCGUUUUGAUCAGACUGAAUUGCAACUAUUAUUAAGUCCAGCAGUGUUGUUAGUAUCUGAUAAUGUUAAUAGAUCUGCUAAGGAGAAACAUUUAAAUCAAGGAAAACUAACACUAUCAUCCUUGCAGAUUCGUGGCCAUGCAAUGUUUUCUGACGUUGGCCAAUCUUUAGACCAGGAUACCGUAGAAUAUGCUUGGCUGGUAGAAAUCCAACUUGGAAAACUCAGUGGAAAAAUAACAACUCCUCAACUAUAUUCCAUUCUUGCCUGCUUAGAAACACUUAUUCUUCUCAUAACAGAUGAUGAAAAUGAACUAAAUAGUCCCAAAGAUGAUGUUAUCUUAAGUCAACCAGUGGUCAAGAAGAAGAGUACGCAUUCUGUACAGAACGUUCACGUUCAACACGUACAGCAGGCAAUUCAACAGUUAUUGCAACCCAAAAACAGCGCCAAUGUUAGUAAUAAAAUUGCUCAAACAUCCAAUGUUGCUAAUAAAAGUGGAACACCUUCAGCCAAUGUUUCCAAUCAAAAACCAUCUACCCAAAAGGAUAAAAAGAAAGAAGACGAAAAGAAAGGUUCUGUAAGAAGCAGCGUGAUUACCAAUGCAGAACCGGUACCAACGGAACCAUUGAGUGAACAUAAAUUAAAGUACAAGUUGUGUAGGGUAGCUGUAGAUGCAGUAGACUUUUGGCUUGUUGAAUCUGGAGCAGCUCUUCAAUUAUGGAUGUCUCCUGUCCGAUUGGCUAGUUGUAAUUUGCACGGAAAACAAGUUAGCUCCGGAUUAAGUUGCAUUAUUUACAGCAUGUCGUUAAGACAACUCGCGUGGCAUCCACACAAAUACAACCAUUCCAAAGUUAAUUAUGAUACCAACGACUUAUGGCUUGAGGUGGGUGCAGUAAAUCUAGGACCUUUAAUAAUUGAGUCUGCCAUAUCUCCAGACAUUAAAGAUCCAAAUUUAUAUAACGACCAACAAAAAUUUCUCAGGAUGCACGAUGACAGAUUGAAAAAGCUUUGGUUCUUAUGGCCGAACCUUAAUAAAACUACAGGAAAAUGUGGUUGUACUGGAGGAUGUCUCUUUUUUGGAAGUAACAUAAACGGAACGCGAUUUUUCAAACCCAGUAAAAAAGAUUUAGAAGAAGGGAUGAAUGUAGCUGCUUUUCGUGUGAAUCCUCCUGGCAAAGAUCUUGGAUAUGGACAAAGUAUUCUUCAUGAAGGUAUGCUUAUAUUUCGAACACCUCCAUAUAUAAUAUCGGAAAUCACUCUUCAAGAUACCCAUAUGGGUCUCAGACAGUCUAGGAGAUAUUGUGAGAGUCCAAAAGUUGUUCAUUUGGAGAAAGAAAGAUCGAUCGAUAAAGAAACUGUGACUUCCGAUAAAAAAGUGAAUAGAAGAUUUUCAUCUACUUCUAUUAAGAGUGCCCUCUUAAAAGAAGUACCUUAUUCGAGACUGAUUGAAACUAGUCCUGCAAAUCUACCCACUAAACUGGAUAGUGAUUCAAAGCUACAAUGUGAUAAGAGUAAACUGACUGUGGGCGAUAUUUCGGAGCCACUUCCUAAAAACAGUGUAUCCGAUUCAAAAUUGGCUGUAGAUUAUUUCAGUGCCACCUCAGUAGACAUCAAGGAACCAUAUUCUCUUACUCAAAGCGGUCCUCCAAGUACUGAAGUGUCCGCGCCAUCAUAUUUAGUCAAUAAAACAUUUGCCGGUUCGGAAUCUCAUCACUCUCUAAGCCAGAUGAGUUCAGAGGAGAGAAUACAGAAAGAAGUUCAAAGAACUACAUCGAUGUCCAGUGAAAAUCAUUCUGAAGCAUUCUUUUCAGCUGACGAAGAUAUAAAUUUAAAUUCUAGAAGUUCGAGUCUGCGAAAUUCAAUUUUAAGUGCUGGAGAUACACUAACCAGACAAGAUAGCAACAGCGCUCCUACACAGAGAAAGAAAUUUUCUAGCGAAUUAAGUAUUGCGACAGAUAGAAAUGGAAUACUUGCACAUAAAAUGUCAGGUAAUACGAUAAUAGCUCCGAGUAGUGUUCCAGAGACAUAUAGGUUGAAAUUAUCGUCCCACAGAAGUGAUCAUGAGAUUCACACUCCCGAGCAUAGAAGUUUUGUAGCUGGGAAACAGUUUGACGAUUCCCAAAGAACAGUCCAAGGGUUAGUAACACCACAUCGUUAUCCAUUAAUACGGCCAGUGAGUCCAAAAGUUCUGCCAGAGCCUUUCGAUUCCAGUGAAAUAUUAGAAGCGUCUUCAAACGGUCUUAAUGAAGGCAUACCUGAUUCUUCUGAUAGUUACAGUAACAACAGUUAUGCAUCGGCUGUGGGCAGCCAAGAAGAUUUUACGCUAGUUGAUUUACAUAUGCAAGUAAAUCGAUUGAUAGUUGAUUCACCGAUGCUGAUGUCGAGCUACGUUACUCAUUUAACUCAAGUAAAAUGUACAAAUUGGGGAAGUACCGGACAAGGAGAUCAGUUUUCGCAACAUUUAUUUGAGAAAAGUCAAGAGGACAAACUGGUAUAUGUUGGUGCCAGAUUUGUCCCAAAUAUGGAGACCGUAAACGAUGGCAUAACAUCUCUCAAAAUGGUUUCGAGGUCCGAUAACAACAAAACUCCCACUUCUCCUUUUAUAUAUGUUUGGGAUCAGGAAGAAGUUGAAAACGAUUCCGGCUCUUUUCAAGAAGAGGAAUUAUUAAGUUGUCACGGUGAUGGCUGUUCAAGAACGACAUUAAUUGUUAAGUUAAAAGGGGACUUAGAUGUUAUGAUUAGUCCAUUGCUAUUGGAAACAUUGCAAAAAUUUAUUGAUGCUCUUACACCAACUGUAGCUAAUUUACAUCCCUUAACUGUCAUAAACCAUCUACAUACUUCAUGUAUAGGACAAGUUGAGUCAGCUAAUAUCCUAAAAACAACCGACAAUGUUGCCAAGUUAUGCCAACCUCCUAGCGAAGACGGUAAAGUUAAAGCUCUUAAUGUAUACGAAGAAACUGUUAAAACACAGUUGCAGGCUGCAAUGUUUUUACCGAAAGUUAAUGUUACAUUACUACAAGUAUCGAUUGUGGAAGAGAUUAUAUCAUUUUCGGCACUGGAUAAUAUUAAAGAUUUAACAUGUGUAUCGUUGUUCUCAGUUUGUUUUGAUAAUAUCAACGUGAAAUUACAUUGUGACAAACAAGCUAAGGAAGUACUCCAGAAAUUUUUAAGACCGGCUGUUGUACGUAGCGGCAGCAAAAAGGGGGCGAACAGAGCAAAGAUUUUGCUUGGGUUCCAAACGAAUACUAACUCUGAUGUAAUUCAAUGCGAUCCUGUUUUUAUCGAAAGUUGCGAGAAGCAACAGCAACAAUUAGUAAUCAGUCUAAACGUUGGAAAAAUGCAUGCUCAAUUAAGAAGACUGAGAAAUGAAAGUUCACUGCUAGAUGACGCUAUUAUUACUGCUAUACCAACUUAUAAAUCUAAAGUGCUCUUUACCCCGACAAAAGUUAGAUCGCUUUAUAGAGGCAUGGAAUAUUAUCUACAAUCGCCGGAUACUGAGAGUCACAGUAUUCCUACGGACGAUAUUAGCAUUGACGACAAACUCGGGUUUAUAAUGUUCGAAUGUGGUCUUGAAGGUGUCGCUAUUAAAAUAGUUAAAAAAUCACUAUUUGAACAUGUAGAAGAUGAUCCGCGCCCACCGGAAGUACCUGAACCUAUUGAUAAUUCCGACAAAUCAAAUCAUACGACACCGAAGCUAUCCGAAGCCAAAUCGCAAGGGCUCUUAACACCUAAACUUAAAGAAAAAGACAGAAAAUCGACACAGGAAGACGUAAACGUUAAACCAGAAAGAGUUAGCGAGAACAGAGAAGUUACAAUUGUUCCGAAAGAUAAUGGCAAUGUGUCGUCAUGUAUAAUUGAGUUUAAGGUAGUUUGGUUUAAUUUUGCAGCUCCUCCAAGGGCUCCUAUCACAAGGAAAAUCGACUACACAAGAUUAGACUGGAAUUUGUUAAGUACUGCAUCACCAGCAAUCAAUGCAUGGAUGAAUCCAAGUAAUAGACUAGCUAUUAGGGUAGUGCAUAUGGUGAGGACUAUGUAUAAAAGAUCUACUGCUACUAUAGCUUGUUUAAUGGCUGAAGCUCUUGAAGGACAAAGAAUAACGCUUUCCAAGAGUCGCUAUGGUAAACUGACGCCAUUGGCCCAGACCCUACAAGAAGAUCCAAGCCUUCAGCUGUGCUCAAUUCUGCAGAAAUACUAUUUAGAAGCCGAACCCCAAUAUAUAGAGUCAAAUUUAAGAGAAUCCGAAAUUCCUCAACUAUUUACUCUCAGACAGGGCGUAAUUGUUUUAAGUAGACAAUGGAAGAACACUUUGUAUACACCUCUAAUGCCACAACAUUCCAUAAAAAGCCGGAUAAAACCAAUUAAUGUUACUAUAACUGUACCUGAUAUACAAGAGGAAACGUGCAUGACGGACGGUGAGGUGAGCGGCAAUGAAGAGCCCGAUAUUACCGACGAACAUGCGCGGUUGCUACACGCUGGUAUCAUUCUUAAGCCAAACGCUCAUAGAAACAUGGCCCAGCCGAAAGAAAUAUUCGCUACGUUGCAACCUUCUCCCCAUGUAUCGCGAUUUGGAGAUUCAUCUAGCAAUACACCUCAAGUGGCUGUCGUUUCUGGAGGAGUUGAAAGUGUUCUAACCUCACCAAGCCCCCCAGUAUUAGGUUACGGUACUUUACGAGGAGAAAAAGCCUUUGUGAAUCUUGGAUCUGAUCCUAGUGAUGCGUGCAGCCACUCUAGUCCGGAAAUACCUUCCAGUCCCAUCCAUAAGAAUUUAGGUCAUGACCAUUCCUCUGAAGACUUGUACAGUUGGAUGGCCAAACAAGAUACUGCAACUUCGAACUUAGAAGGCUGUUUGGAGUCCAAAAUAGACACAAUGCAUACUCAAUCAUCUGGAGAUCGUGAUACUUUACCCAAAGAAGAGGAGGUACCUUCAACUGGGGUACCCUUGUAUCCCAUCCAAGAGUCUGUCAGACUUUUAGACGCUAAUCAAGUUUUUCAACCUCUACUGUCUGGUCUUGGAGUUAUGCCACAACAACUUAGAUUCACCACAAUGUCAGAUUCAAGCGCAGGAAAUGAAGUUACAACUUUAGAUGCCCUUGGUUCCAAUUUUUGUCUUGUGGGUAACAUGGAGACUAUGAGAAUCGACAUAGUUGUGUCAGAACAUGGAAAAGUCGAAAAAAAGAAAGGGAAAAAUAAAGGAAAGCGAUUGUAUAUCGAGGUCAAUGCAGAUGAAUCUCCAUCAUUUGUUUGCGAAAAAAUCGGAGUCGAACUAGAAAUAGAUCGAAUGACAGACAUGGCUGUUAACGAAAUGAUGAAAACAAAAAAUGUUUUAUACAUAUCGAGAGGACAACUUAAAAACCAUACGAGUACAGUCAUCAAUUUUACUAUCGGAGUGAGAUACAUUCACCAAAGAGUCAACAUGCCAUUACUGAGGCUACUACAUCAAAUAAGUAACAUGUAUCAGAAUGUUAAAGAUACGCAAAAUGAAUUGAGGGAACAACAGCCGGUUGAGAUAAGGAGACCUAAAACUAGUGCGAGCGAUAAUGUGGAUAUCAAGCACCAUUCAUCCAAUUCUGACAUACACUAUCCCAUUACAGAUAUCUCGAAACAGCUCAGUCUAAAAAUAUCAGAUCCUGGAUCAUACUCAUCACAACACAAGCCAAUAAUCUCACCCUCUCCGAGUAUCAGAUCUCGGCCACAAAGUUUUGCUCAAAAAUUGAGAUCGACAGGCAAAACGGUGAAGGGUUACGUUAAUUUAAGUGAGGGAGUUGGGACGCCUAUGACCAUGUCAAGUCCAUCCGGUUCAGCUCUUGACCACAUCACGGUAUCUUCUGAUAAAAGUACGGGAAGAUGUUGGAAGACUAUUUAUUAUUUAUUGGAGCUAUACGCUAACAUGCCUGACACUAAGACUAUAAAACAUAGAUUUUCUGUUGGGACGAAUGACAUAUCUGAACAUUACAAAGGUAGUAGGAAAUACGAUAUUCUAACAGAGAUACGAUCCACUGAUGACAUGGACAAAUCUGAUACUAAUCCUAACGUAAAUAGUGCAAAAGACAGUCAGAAAUCAAAAGGAUCCCCUAAUGAACAUACAAAACUAAUAGUAUUUGGAGUAGCAAGAAUUCACAGAACGAGACUUCUAGCUACCCUUUCUGGUUUAAAAUUGGAAGCCGAAAUUACUAGUCUUCAUUCUUCCCUAACAUGUCGUAAAAAAUCAAUUCCGCAAAUUUUAGAAUGUUCUUUAACUGGCCAAGUUGGAAGAACCAUGAUCGUGCUACUCGAAGGUGUAGCACCAAAUCAGCAAACCGUAGUUAAAGUGACCAUAGGGAAAUCUCAGGCACUAUACUCCAGUAUAACUAAGCGACAAAAAGACAAAAACUCUGGACUUUUAACAGUAGGAGCUGUCAAUGUCGACAUUCCCCAACAUCCCGUAGCCUUACAUGGAAUGGUAACUAGAGGAAGCAAGCAAUUAAGUUCUACUUUACAGGAAUUAAGAGUAACAAGAACGUCUAGCAGAUUGUCUAGAUUACCCAUGGAAGAUGAACAACAAAGUUCUCCAAAUCAUCAUGUCAGAGAUGAGCCUGUACCCAGUCAAACAUUUAAUAAAAGUAAUGUUACCGAACAGAGCUUAUUGCAGCCUUUAGUAAUGCAAUUUUCUGUAAUUUUACAGAGUUUAAGUAUAACGGCAGCUCUUUUACCAUCCUUACAAGCUCAGUACAAAAUGGACCAAGUUAACAGUACUGGUUUUACUGGAAGUAAAGCCCGAUUCACGAUUGAUUUACCACAUCACUCUCUGAGUUUUACCACCAAAUUACCUCAGGGUUAUAACCAAAACGAAAAGGCGGAAACAAAUCUCCCUUCGGAAGCAAGUAUUGCCCUCCCAGCUGUUCAUGUUGUAGCCGAAUACAUUCCUGAAAACGCAGCAAGUGGCCUAAGAGAUGGACAUCGUGGUCCAGAAGGAGUUAUAUUUAGACAGGGUGGUUAUUUAAAUGCAAAUGCCGAUAUAGGUGUCUUCGAACAUAGUCUUACCACUGAUCUUUUAAACCAUCUAGUUUUUGUUCAGAAAGUAUUUAUGAAAGAGGUUAACGAAGUUGUACAAAAAGUUUAUGGUGGAGAAAGGCCAGUACCGAUAUGGUUGGAAGAUUCUGAAGAAGCUUCCAGUGUGACCAGAUUAUUAUUUUCAUUAGUAAUUAAAAUGCAGAGGAUGCAAUUAACCGCGACUACAGCAGGAAGUUCAGCUGUAAGAUUGGAGACUGGUGCUGUUGUUUUAGAACUUUCCAACAGAGUUCAAAAUUUAUCUGGUUCGACAAAGAAAAAUUCAAGUACUAGACUUUUUGGAAAAGCUCAAGUUGAUUUAAACCUUUCUUUGGGUCAACUGAUACGGAAUGCUGUCUUUGAGGAAGCAGAUAUAGAAUAUCAACCAGUAGCUUUCUUUAACACAAGAAUCGCUCUUAGAAAUGCUUUUCAAGAUGAACUAAUUGAGGGUGAAGACAAAGAAGUUGUUCUUAUUACGCUGAAACGACCGCUUAUUUACGUACAACCCGUAGCAGUAGACAAAGCUAUUUUGGUAUGGCUAAACUACAAAAACGCCUACGAUUAUUGGAACGAAAAAAGAGCUAAUUUGAAUAAAGAAGUUCUAAAUGCAACUCAACAAGUGUAUGAAAAAUUUCAACUGGGACAAUUAACUAGUCAACUUAGUGGGCCAUAUGUUGGUACCUUGUUUUUACAACUUACUGUUGAGGACAUGGGAAUCUGUCUUCCACUUAAUCCUCUACCAUUAGCUAACUGGAGUCAACGAAACGUUUAUGACGAUAAUAGAGGAGCGGUCGUUAUUACUUUGGAGAAUACUAGUAUAUCAGCAUGUAAUUCUGGUUCGCUUGUAAGCAAAGGUAAGUUUACAAACCUUUGUCUCCGAUUUGCCGACGAUUUUGAAAACUCUUUGGAUGACUGGAAACCAGAUAUGACAGAUUCGUCAAUAAUGAACCUGUGUGUGGUAAGCGAAGGAACGUAUGAGGUCUGCAGUCGAACUAUAGCUGCCAAACAGCCAAAUGAAAAUGCAAAAUGGUUUCUCAAUGUACAAUGGCAGAUGGAAGGCGUUGACAUUCAUUUAGAUACAAACGUGGGUAAGCAAUUAUCGGCAUUGGGUCAUACUUUAACAAUGCUGACAGGUGCUGAGGAAACUGGAAUUCCAUUAGACUAUGACAGCGAUGACAAUGAACCUGGCGAUGGUACAAGAGCUUCACAGGAAAGCAUUUUACCUGCGUUUAUGUUCGAUCCAAAUAUAGACAACAAAAUUAGGUCGAAACUUAUCGAAAAGGAAAUGAACGAACAAGCAAAAAUUAUUAACGAUUUAAGGUCCUUAGGCGCUUCACAUGGUACUAUAGAAAUGGAAAUGAGAAGAUUGCAAGAGUUGGAAACUAUGGUAUAUAAAGAUUUCAGAAGGGACAUGUUGCAAAAACUAAGAAGGCAAAGCGUAAGGGCUUCAUCUAUCAAAGGAAAAUUUGGUUUGGGUUCAAAACCUACAACAUUUAGGUCCAAAUCAUUCGUUGUUCCUAGUGCUAUGCCCGAAGGAAGAGACAGGUCAAAGUCUUUAGUAGUAGUUCCUAGUUCCCAUUAUGACAGUAACGAGAGCCCAGAAAUAGCAAAAACCAGCAUUGAAACAAACGUAGCUAGUAGCUAUGAAAGUUCACCUAGAUCUGGACCGUCACGAUCUGCCUCUUUAAGGGUCAAGGUUGGAGAUCCUGGCCCGAGAGUGACGUUCAGUGAUACUCAGACCAUUGGAAGGCAAAAAUCUUUACCGAGCGCCAGUUCAGAUUUGAGUUUACCAGAAACGCAACUUGAAGAUUGGGUAGAUCAAAUAAAUAUUGACGGACAAAAAGUAACACUCAGAAAAAAGUUACCAGCAUCAUACGAAUCCGUCGAUGGAUCACUUUUGUCAGACUCUUUUUCGGACCAAGUUUUGGGUGCCACUCAUUUCCAAAGUGGAAACAUGAAUACAUCUUCAAUUGCGCAGAAAGCUCAAGAACCUAAUAUAGACUUAGAAUUAGACGUUAAAGUAUUUAUAAACAGUGGAAAAUGUGCUUUACACACCAAAGAUCCUGUUAGAGAAGAGGAAGCCAAAAUAACUCGUAUGAGAAAAGACAGAAGUUGUUCCGCAGGCCUUCUAGAAUUCCCUACUACAUCUUCAAGCCCCGAUGCUAUUCGAAAGAACAAAGAGAAGUUAACAGCACAAAGCAGCACUUCCAAAUUAAGAGGCACAACACAUGCAUCUAUUUCUGAUAUUACGAUUUUCCAUAUACCAGGAAUGGACGUCAAAAUUCAAUAUCAGUCAAAGGUAAUAAUUGAAGAAGGUACUACUACCGAAAGGAGCGAAGCUUCUCCAGACUUCGAUAAAGCAUUCCAACAAACUCCAAACAAACCUAACGGUGAAUCAGACCAGGUCAGAAUAGAUAGAGCAUUUAAAAGACAAGAAACACAUCCAGUGGACAUAAAGACCAAAUAUUUACCUGAUUUGGAGCUUAAGGGGUCAAAUUCUAUGCAAGGUAUUACUAAUCCCAAUUAUGGACAUAGCCCGACAUCCAGCAAAACCAGUUUAGAUGACUUACAGUUUGGUAAUUUUACACCACCCAGUGAAUUUCAAAAACCGUUUACAACCAAUCCGCCAUUUACUAAGAAGUCUGGAGUAAAGAAGGCUUCUUUAUUUGUUUGGAUGACGCUGCAAAGUGUUCCGGAAGAAACAAUUAUCAGUCCACAUAUUUUAGAGUUUUUGGAACAGACUUUAGAACCAAUUCCCAUAAAGACAAUGUCAGAUACUGAUACAUCUCUUUUAACUACAGAACAAGAUCUAACUAAUUAUGGAAAUUACGUUUACGCUAGUUUUCCAGUUGAUGUAAUAGUAUAUUUCCACAUGCAGCCCAGUACUUUUAGAUUCAGCUGUUUACCAGUAUCAAGAGUCGAGUGUCUACUUCAACUACCAUCACUAGAUAUUGUAUUCAGUUCUAAAAGAGCUGAAGAUGAACUAAUUUACAGCGAAUUUGGCGAUGGCUCACCCAAUACAGCUGCCACUGCUGUAGGAGGUUUAAGUGUAACUAGCUGCUUGUCUGAUUUUUCGGUAUACGUGUUUCAUCCAUAUGGUGGGAAAAAGUCAGCAAUUAAAGAAGCUCAAUGGUCACCAUUAUCUGAUAGCGAGAGAAAAGAUUCAUUGUCGGUAAACGUUGAGUUUGUCAAAUUUCAUUUAUCACGUUCGAGAAUGUUAAAUUUCAAGCAAGAACCGACAAAAGGGAAGGGAGUAGAUCAAAGUCGAGCUGUUAUCAGAUUUUCCACUAUUAUCGACAUCGGCUCAGCGUCUUUCAAAUAUGAUAUGAGGAGACUCACAGAAAUUUUAGCAUUUCCUAAAGCUUGGUAUCGACGAUCUAUAGUGCGUCGAAUGUUUUUAGGAGAUUUAAGUUUGUCGACACCUUUUAACGAAGAAGAUGAGUCUUUUUCGUCACACAACGCUUCUCCGAAUUUAUCACGAGGUCAAGAGAGGUCCAGCAAAACAGAUAAAUCGCCCCAUCUAAAUACCAGUGACCGCCACAAAAUGAAUUUGGAUUCUGAUCAUGCGCACCAUAAAUUGAAGGACACAGGAAAAACUUUGAGUUCAGAUUCGAACCCAUGUGAUACUCCUAACGUAUUGGAGCAUAAAAAUUCUUCAGCAUGGGAAACUUUGGUGCUAUUUGCUGUGAAUUUCAAGAAAUUAAAUGUUCACAUGAAUAUGGGAAAUGUCAUGGGAAAUGUUUCUUGGUUAACGAGAGAAUUUAGAAGUGAUGGUAGAUUGAGUAUAGGCUCGACGGGACAUAAGAACUUGUAUAUUGCGUUAGGUUUGGGAGGUUCUGGAUUAGAUGCUAAAGGUGGUAUAGUUGGUGGAAAUAUCGAGAUAUCUCGAAUAAAUACAUAUAUUUACAUCAGAGAAGAAGCGAAUGUGGAACCAGAUCACAAAGUAUGCUUACGACUACACGCUCUUGAAUUAAGGCUAGAUUACAUGGCGACAUCGGUGCUGAUGUGCAGAGUUAGUGAUUUAAAUGUCAAUCUAAGAGAUGAAUGGAAAUUGAACAAGGUUAACACGUCUAGAGAUUCUUUCAUGCCCACCAGAAGACCCGCAAAUAUCUUCAUGCACGGAGUACUUGGUUGGGAUCAACUCCAAAUGAUUAUUUCCAAAUCUACAACAGCUGAUCUGCUGAAAAUGUUUAACAAAUUAGAAGAAUUCUUUUCACAACAGUUUAACAGCAGCAAAAGAGCUUUUAGUAGUUUCGCUGGAUCAGGAAGACCUUCUAGAGUAACUCCACAAAAAAAUCGAGAAUCGUCAGUACCUCCUCAACUUCCUGCAGCUCCAACUACGGAUGCCAGGCACCACAGACAUUGGCAGAAAGUCUUGGCACACGUAGCAGGGCUUCAACUUAAAACAAUGCCUCUUCCUUUGCCCUCAUUUGGCACUGUUCUGGGUGGUACAAUGGAGUUACAAGGAAACAACAUUUCGUUGGCGUGCUUCCAUGGAAUUAACUUCAAAAGCAAGUCGUGGGCUUUGUUUAGUUUGAAAGAGCCUUGUAUCAAUUUCAAUACGGAGAGCCAAGAAAUUCCUGCAAAUGUAUCUCCAGAUGAGAUUCCUAAGCAAGAUGUUCAUGUGGUGCAAACAUUAACCUGUAGUUUGGGUUUAAGCACAUAUAAAACACAUUUAUCAAUGGCUACUGUGUGCAAAGUUUCAAGAACUGUAAUAUUUCCUCCUCAGUUUAAAAGUUUACAAGAAUGGUUCCAUUAUACGUUCUCCAACAGUCAAAUAGAUGAAGUCGACAGGUUUCCUUCGUUGGAGAAAGAAAAAAUGGACGGUUCGAUGGAGAGAGCAAGAGGAGCUACGUCUUCUCCUAAGUUGGCAGAUCACAAUCAUACCAGAGAGGUUAUUUUUGCUCUUCCCAGUUUACAGUUUCAUCUUAAAACUGAACAUUUACAAACUGCUGAUAUUCCGGAUAUUUUAGGUGAUAAACCAACGGUCGACUGCAGUUUUAUAACGGAAUUUGAAGAUCAUAUUUUUGUUACUGUUGACGCUGAAGCAUUUUUCUUUUUGCACGAUUUAAUAACCUCGUAUGUUAAAGAGAAGGAAAGGGUGCUGGGUGGUGUAGAUAGACGUUCUGCCAUCGACCAAGAAAAACCAAAAUCUUUAAGUGAAACUCCAAAGAAAGGCUCUAUCGACGUGGACAUUUUCGCUAAAGAUUGGCGUAAUUACAACUGUAAAACGUGGCAUCUAGAACCAACAGUACGGCUGUUAAGUGUAGCCGGAAAAUACAUAGAACCUUAUGGUAUUGAUUAUAUUCUACAAAAAUUGGGAUUUUCUCAUGCAAGAACUACGAUUCCAAAGUGGAUGCAAAGAGGUUUCAUGGAUCCACUGGAUGCAAUAUUAGCUGGCUUAACCUUGAGAAUGGUGCAAGUAGUAAAAGGAGAUGGAAAUAAAGAAAAAGAAAAGGAAAAAGUUGCAAUUGAAGGGAAAAAGUGAUAAAUUGUUUGUAAAUCAAGAGGCAGUUUUACUCUAGUUACCGUUAUAUAAUAUAGAUUAGUUUAAUGCUAUAUAUUUGUGAUAUUUUGGGGUUGAGUAUAUCAAUAGAAAAAUGAAAGGAAAUAUCAAGAAGAUAUGUUAGAAUUUGUAUAGAAAAUGUAACUUAUAUUAUUUACUACUUUAUUGUAUACUAUUGUGUUCCAGUUAUAUAUUAUUUAUAUCAUACUUAUGGUACCUACUGUUAAAAUAGGGUUUUUUUUGUAUUUAUUUUUGACUGAAAGAUGUAUUAUCAUUAAUGGAUAAAUAAAGCAACUAUAGAGUA